AUGGUCUCAGGCGAUACGUUGGCUCCUCGAGCCUCAGUCAACCACGGAGAGCCACGCCUCGAUGGUUACGUGCAAGGCUCGGGGUCUAUCUCAAGAGAAGCACUCCAGGCCAUGUCCAGAGGCAGUCUCAAGCGGUAUUUGACUUACAGCUCCGAUGACCAUAAUACCCGCGUUCUCCAUGUUCAAGAACUGUGGUUCGCACUCCUCGCGACGUUGCGAGACUCCUCUCUCAUCGAUGGUCAUAUGACCGCAGUAUGCAAUGCUGUGUGUGUUUUCCUUCAGUCUGCAAGCUCAUCACCAAUUGAACCAGUCCGGAGAUUUGCAUUGUCAAUUGAGAUAUGGGUGGCAGUUUUUGAUGCCCUACUCGACAAGUUUAAUACCAGCAAGCCGAAGCCAAUACGGCAGGUUCUGAAUACACUAAUAAAGAUUUUGAUGAAUCAUGAAGAUCGAGCCAAAGCGCAACUCGUGCAGGAUGGUGUGCUCUCCAGAAUGGCGAGUAUAGUAUUUCUAGGCAAGCCUGUCUCCCAAUUCAAGGCGAGUAUGGUCAUUUUCGAGGCUUUUGUGAGAACAGAUAUACCAGUACCGAGGGUUUUGUUUGCCAUUGGAAGAAGUCAUGGUUCGAAUUCUGACCAGUGGCAUUACCGCUUGAGGCGACAGAGGAUUACUCCUGUCAAAGUACGCUCGCCGUUGAAUAGCGAUAUCAUUGACGAGAGCAUCUCAGACUUCAGUUUCUCCAUCAUCCUCGCUGUUGCGGAUAGUAAUGCACAAGCUACUGCCGGAACCUUCUUCGCCAGUUUAAUGUCAAUAUUGACUAGCUACGGCAUUUCCAUGGAUUCCCUAUGGGUUGAGUGCAUCGUACUCAUCUUGAACCGCUAUCCGCAAGCUAUAGACGCAUUCAAGAACUAUCUUUUGCCAUCGCUUCUUAGGCUAUACCCGAACCAGUAUCUGGACCUACUCAAUAAGAUGGCCAGUAAUAUGGUUGGUCCAGCAAUGUUUGAGAAUAUUUUGACCGUCCUUCUUCUAGGCUGUGAUGCGGGCUUGUUGUCAGAAGAAGAAACCAUGAGCUUCUUGUACAAAAGUCUGACGAAGAGUCAAAAGCCGCGAUUGAAGCAACUCAGAGACAACAGAGUCAUAACAGAUGGAGGUAUUGUUUUACUAACGCAUGCGUCCAUUAAUGUUCGGAUACGAACGUUUGAGUUUCUCAUAUGUUGCACCACACCAAUUCGGAGCUCUGCUCUUCGACUUUUGUCGAAGCAUUUCGAGUUCUUGUAUGGUGAUGCGGACCCGGGUAAUCGCGGAGAGCUGAGCAGCAUCACAAAGGUCAUGAUCCAUCGGCUGAGAAUGGGGAGCGCGUCCCUCGUGAGAAAUAUUGCAAAGCCCGAUAUCUCAAAUCAACAACGCACUGAGUACGUGGAUGAGCUUAAGGAGCACGAGGACUUUCUUGAUUGCUUUCUUGCCUUUCUUGAACGCGAAUUAGGUCCUAACUGCUCUUUCCCGCGGCACAUCUCUGCUUUGAAAGCACUACAAAUGCUAGCCGAAUCAGGACUUGACCCAUUAAUCCCGCUAACAGUCGUGUCGAGGUCCACUCAAGAUCUUCCGCAUUGGCCUAUAAAGAAGUCUCUACAUUCUCGAAGUAUGGAGUUAGCUCUAUGGCCCCUAAUGCUUAACCCGUUUGAAGAGGUUAGGCAUACAACCGCUCUUGUUCUUAAGCUGGUCAUCAGUCAUGCUGAACCUGCGGUACGAUCUCAUGAGCACAGCUCGAACAAUCGAGAAUUUAAAAUACCUGCCGAUAGUGCAUCCUCGGCGCUGACCACAAUCAAGGGGCAAGAUCAGUCGCCCCUAUGUGAAGAGCUUACCAAACUAGUCGGACAAGCGAGCAAAUUAGCAGCUUCAACCAACCGCGCCGACCAUGCUGAUGGCGUGGGCCGGUCGCUAGCACUUCAAUACCACUUUGCACAAAAUCGUUCAGCCAUGGUAUGUGCCUUGGUAGAAAGCUUAGAGGAAGCCUUGGACAUGUCUCGCGGUUAUGAUUCGCUUCCAGAAACAGACUUCUCCGUCCAUGGCUACCUGCUAGGACUGAAAUACAUAAUUGAAAACUCUGGCUUUCACAAGAGAUCUGCAUCUGAUCUAAUGUUGAAGGAGACCGACAUUGCUUUGUCUCGUCUACUUCAAUUGUGCCGUAGCAUCUGGCACGCAGUUCGUACCGGCCUCUGCGUCGAUUCUCCAGGAACGCGUCGUGAGGCGGACACGACAGGCCCAUUUGACGGGCCAAAAGACUUCCUCUCAUACUCCUGGAGAGUGCUUCGAGACAGUAAUUUCCUCAUCCAAGCAAUACUGUCGCACCUUGGCCCGCAAGUGGACCAGACUGAUGCAGAUGAUGGACCCCUGGAACAGCUUCGGCGGAUUCAUACACUUUGCUCCGAGCAGCUUACUUCCCUUCGACACCGGGGCGCUUUCUCAACUGUAGCGCAAACGUUCGCUCUUUGCUGUGAGCAAUUUCCUUCUGUACCCGGCCUAAGAGCUGAGUUUAAUAAGUGGUCUCAGGACGCUUUCCACAUCCUGGAAGACCAGUCGUCAAAACUGACGCGACGGUCGGCUGGAAUACCUGCUAUCAUGGCCUGUAUUCUGCUUCCGAGCACUUUGUACGAAUUCAAUGGCGUAACAGAGACAUUAGCUUCUCUUGCCCGGUCAAAAAAGUCUCUCCCCAAUUCUUCUACAGAUGAACAACAAACCCGCUUGCCACAAGUCCAUGCUCUGAAUUGUCUUCGGGAAAUAUUUACAAACUCCAGGUUCAGGGAAUGGACAAUCUGUUGGCUGGUCGAUGUGCUGGAUCUUGCUGCGUCGAGCCUGAAUAGUGACAUCUGGGCUAUCCGUAACUGUGGGCUGAUGCUAUUCCGAGCUUGUGCAAGUCGCAUCGGAACGACAGAUGAUGUGGGUGAUGUUUCCUUUUGUGGAACAGCCUCACAAAGUCAAUCAGAAGCCGUGCUUAGCAUUUCUUUGAAGCUUUUACGGUCAGGGCGGCAGACUAGUAUCGAUUCUCCUGAGCUAGUUUUUGCUGGGCUCGACCUUAUGAGCCGCAUCAUUGUUUCUGGAAAUGUUCGAUCUCAAGCAAGGGAGCACAUCCUUCUACAGCUGGGAAGCCCCAUCUGGAUGGUUCGAGAACAUGCUGCACGUCUGUAUGCAUCCCAAUUGCCGGAAGCAGAAGUGUUGGAGGCUGUUACACACUUCAUUCACGCAAUGGAUAUGAGCGACCAGAACAAGUGUCACGGUAUCCUUCUCUGUUCACGCGAGCUUCUCAGAAAGCAUCUGACUGCCUCACUGCCAUUCCAGGAGACCAACUACCUUGCGCUGAAGCAGUCUCUAGAAGACCAUAUGUCCAAACUUGAGCAAUAUGCUGCACCAGCCGUACAGUCCGCAUUUUUCGACUUAGUCAACGACUACAUUAGUUUACGAGGCCGCGUAGCAAGUCAGCCUCAGACAUGGCCCGAGUAUUUCAACUGGACACACCAAUGCCAGCCAUAUUAUCAAGGCAAAUCACAGGUUGUGGCUGGAAGACCAUUCGAGUCUCAGCUUACUUCUUCGUCAGCGUUGAACUCUUGUCUCAUGGUCUUUACUGAGGUCAAAGGGCGUGCUCAGACUUUGAGCCAAACUUUUCAAGAAGUGGCCGCCUAUGAUCCUGACGCCGCUGCAUCUCUUCUGCGGGCCAUUAAAGACCAAGAUCUAUCUGAUUGGCCUAGUUUGCAGAUGCUGGUUGACUUGUACAUCGCAAUCGUUCGAGAUCAGUGGGAUGAAGUCAUCACAGCAGCAGCCAUGUCCGGACUCUCUUUCUGCCUCGAAAACGUUCAUGAGAACAAGCCGUUGUUCAUCGACAAGGACGAUCUAGAGAGGCUGUUCGAAUGCUUCGUAAGUUUGCCACGUACUGGAGGGAGGAAUCUAUUCAACGCCAAAAUCAGAUGUUUAGGCAGCGUCCUCGAAUAUAAAUCAAGAGAAAUGCUGUCACUCUGGGAGCAGCAUUCGGUUGUACCACUUAGCCUGUGGACCAGAAUGUUGAGCGAUGCCGCCAAGGAUUACACAGAAGCACCAACGAGAUUAAACGCUGCGAAGUCCCUCCAUUCGUUCAGGCGCUGUUUCCUACAAGACUGCGACAGAACCGGGGCACGCAAGAAGCACACAUUGUACUCAAUUAUGUAUAACUUGCUCAUCGACGAUGAUGAGGAAAUUCGAGACAUAGCAGCUUCUACGGUUUCAUUCAUCCUCGGGUCGGGUGCUGCUGGCGAUCAGUUGCAGCUGUGUCCACUUGUGGCUUGCCAUAAGUUUUCUAGCUUCAUAGAGGAAGCUUUCACAAGCCACAAAGAAUUUCACAUAGCAGCUUUGAGUCGGAUUAUGUUUCCCAUUUUAAUGGAGCUUGACGGUCUGGAAGAUGCAUUUGCGAACCUUGCCUUCCGUUACUCUGUCAAAAGCCAACUGGAUCUCGCCUGUCACGAGUCUCAUGAUCUGUUUGAAGAAGAAAGGCAGAACCUGUAUGUGGACGAGAUUCGCGAAAUCGACAUCUGGUAUUCAGCUCUUGGCAAGGUCUCACAUACAUGGCUUGAUGAGGAUGUAAGACUUCUGGUGGGAGAUUGGGCACUUGAAGGGCUUCGUGAGCUUACGUCUGCUUUGCCGAGCCUCCGUUUUGGACCACUUGGGAUCUUGUCAAAGCUCGAGUUUAUUGCCUUGUUCUGGCGCGUUAUCAGACUUGCUGAGCUGUCACUUCAGUGGGACUAUAAUUGCAGCUGGAGUAUGGAAUCUCCCAAGGAAUCGCCCUAUCUCAUGGAGAUGGCACGUUUGCUAUCAGCUACAAUGGAGUAUCAGGUACAUCCGCAGGCGCAAAAAGCACUUGAAGACAGCUUUCGGCGAGGCCAAAUUGAAUCUGAGCGGUUGCAAAAAAUUUGA